AUGAAUAAAAAAGUCCUCGAUAUGGACAAAGGAAAAGGGAGAAAAAAACAACAGAAGGAUGUAAGAAAUUACGACUUCAAGAAAACAGGAAAAGUAUUCAAAUACAAGAAGAAUGAUUUAAAGAAAAGGAGCUUCGGUCUCAAUAAGAGUUGGAAAAAUAAAAUUAACAAUACGUACGGUAGAGAGGAAAAAAAAGGGAGUAGAAAACAAUUUAAUAGUAACAACCAUGGAAUAGGCAAUUAUUCCAAUGAAGGGUGGAGGAAGUCCACCCCUCCUAUGAACAAUAGGACACCUCAAUGUGACUUUGAGAACCUGGUUGACAAUGUUGUGGAAAAUAAAAUAAGCUUAAAAAAAACUGAUCAAUGUUUUAUUGCCAACGUGAAGAAGAUAUACAGCAUAAACCACUCCUGGUUUUCCGUAAAAAAAAACCUCGAACAUAUUGUGUCGAAAUAUGUUUUGAAAAAGAAGAAAAAAAAUUACCAAUACGAUGAUGUAAAUUUCUAUUUGAAGAAAAUGCGAAGCAGGCAGAGGAGAAAAGGGAAAAGGACAGAAAAUGAAAAUGAGGAAGAAACUCCUGUUGGUGAAGACGAAGAGCAGAAGUACCACCAACAGGCAAAGAGUCAAAAUAAAUUACUUUUCCUAAACCCCGAGGAUAUGAUCUUCCAGCUCGAUGAGGAGACAAAAGAAAUUGUACUAAACAACAAAAUGUGGAAAAGUAAAAUAAAGCAGCUAUUAAAAAAGAAAAUAUCCGCUUAUGAGGAAAGGGAAAAUGUUGCUAAUUCUAAUGAGGAUGAUUUUACGGACAAGUCUCGGACCAUCGAUUACAACGAUGUUCCAGUUUGUCUGCGGCAAUUGUACGAACUUGGAAACGAGUACAGGGAUAGUAGCAACUAUGGUGUUGGUGCGAAUAAUGCCAAUAGUGGGGGCAUAUCUACCAAUCACCACCACCGAGGGGGCAAAAUAAAGCUGAAACUGCUUCUAAAGAGGAAUGUAAACAUGAGCAGCGUGUACAACUUGCUAUACGAUAUUGGCCUAAAUCUAAUGUGCGAAUAUUACAAGAUUUACGUGGACAAAUAUUCAGAAGAUGAAGAAAAGAUCCAUCUCGAAAUUAUACACAAUAAGAGUAAUGUCUUCACAGAUCGAAUUAACAACAUGGUCGUGUUGUUUAAGAAGAACCCACUAGUGUACAUCCUGUAUGUAAAAAUUUUGCUAGAUUAUUAUAAUAAGAGGGAAGACGUAUUCAUAAGGAAAUCAAUUUUGGAAUGUGUAAAACAUGUGUUCAUCUUCAUUUUGCCAAAUGAAAGCUUAGAAACUUUGGAAGGGAAUAACAGAGAGGUUGUGAAUUAUAUUUUGAAUGUCCUAUUUAACCGAUUCAACUUUAAAGAAUAUAAUUUCGCUUCCUUCCAUUUCUUCCUAAAUGCGUUACUAUAUAUAUACGCACUAGAAAAUUUCAUGAAGAAGCUAUUCCUACAAUACAUAUAUAUUUUGAAGAAUGCAAUGUACAGCUCAAUACCAAGUGUCUUUUACGUGUCAGUAAAUAAUUUAAAACAAUUUUGUUUAAAAAAAAGAGAGAAUAGAUUUGCCAAUCUAAACAUCCUUCUUGAGGGGUACUUGUCCAUUACAAAGGGAAAUCCGCUUAUUCUAAAUACCCUCAAACAUAUAAUAACAAUAGAAGGUAUGCAGCACUAUGUCGUUUUUUUUCUGUUCGAGCAAGUAUUAUCCAAUUUAAGAUACUGCGUUGAGCAAAUCGUACAGUCCUUAAAAAAUGGAGACAAGGAAAAUGUUUUAAAUGAAAAGUUGAAGAAGGAAAUUGUCAACAUGAACAGGUCAUUGUUCAUUCUAUACAAAAUUAAGAGCAACUCUUUUAAUGACAUCACGGAAAAUAUUAUUUACUUUGCUACCUACAUUUUUGAGAUGUUUUCGAAGAAUGUUUUCGAGCUUUUCGAUAAGAGAAAUGUCCUGCUCAAGGAAUGGAGCAUAGAAAAAAUGAGCUACAUUAAAUAUACCUCUGCGGAAGGGGAAAGUUUCGAAAGUGGAAAAGCGCCGAAGGAUGACUUGGGCUGCGAUGCUGGUGGGAACGUGGGAGAUAAGCAACCAGCGCAUGAGAUUAGCCAGGUGUCCCCACUGAACUUGUCUCAAACGAGCAAACUCGAAGGGGCUCCAAGAAAUGGCCAAUUCGCCACCAAGGAGGAAGGGUACAAUUGGAGCAAUGGAAGUGCAACGAAGAUUGUGGGCGCACCUAGCAACAGCCAGUCCGUGCGCAGCGAUAAUUCCUCAGCCAUCGGGGCCAGUACUAAAGAGACGAACGUGGUUAGCGGGGAGGAAUUCCGGGAAGGCAGUGAAGACACCCUUGGAGGGGGGGACAAUGAAGGGAAGGAAGUCCAAAAUGGUGCCCAAAAUGGUACCCAAAGUGGUACCCAGUGUGGAUCCACAAAUAGUAACUCACGCGGAAGCAAACAUGUUGAUCGUCAUAAAAAAACGGAGGACGACUCCACCUUCCACCAACACUGCCUGUACGGCUACCUGAGCAAAACGAUUCUGAAGGUGCUCUCCAGUAUCCUGGUGAACAACAUCUACUUCAUCAUUUACAACCGAUGCAUUAUGUUGAAAAAUCAGAACAGCACCGGAGGAAGAGGAGGAACUGGAGGCAACGAGAAGCCAGCAGAGGACAAGUACCUGCACAGCUUAAACAUACUCUCCUUGUUAAAAAUAAUAAAAAGUGUCGAGUCAUACAAAAUAAAAAUUAAUUUCCUCAUCAUCAUGUUCCUGCUCUUAUAUUCAUCCAAUCAAAUAGACGAUAAUAUAUACUGCUAUUUUUACAGCAUCUUAAGAAAUAUAAAUUAUUAUGAAAGUGAUCACACGUACAAUUUCUACGGGCUAAUAACAGCAUUAAUACUUACAGACAGAAAUUUGAUCAGAAAUGUUAGUUUUAUAAAACGAAUUUUUCAACAUAGCAUUCAUGCGAAAGAAUCAUGGACCCAUUUAUUCUCCCUGAUGAUGAUACGAUAUUUAGUUUUAAAAAAAAACAUCCUCAUGAAAUUUUUAUUUAAUGAUGAAAAUAGUUUAUAUGCACAAAAUUUGGAUAAUGUAAAAAAUGCCUACAUGGUAAAGUUUAACAAAUAUCACAAAGGGGGAAAAAAUCCAAUCAUCAAUGACGAAAUGUUUCUUUACAAUAAGUCAGUAAAUAAUCCUCUGGAUGCCAAUUCUAUACUAACCCAUUUGUAUGAGUUUUACAAUUUUUCCUCUUUGCUGAACGAUAAUUUUAAGAAUGUCCUCUUCGAAUUUAGGAACAUAACAAUUUUUAAUUAUAAUUCUAUUCAGAUGAACAAAUUUGGUGUGCACAAAAAUAGCUUCGCAAAUAAUGGGUUCAUGCGUAAUAGACCGCUGUUGGUCCAGCCAGGGCAGAGAAAUGGGGCAAUCAGUAACGGCACUAUCGAUAACGGCAGCGUGGCCAGUGCAGACAAACCAGACUUGAAUGAGGGUGAUUCUGUUGAAAAUCCAACCCCCAAGGGGAAAAACACAGAAGAGGAGGCUUCUCUUCAAAACAGUGGAGAUGCAAACGACAAUGACAACGAUAAUGAUGACGAUAUAGUAAUUAACGUCAAGAGCAAUCGGCAGUGGACAAGAAACACACAAAUAAUGAAUGGUGCCACGGACGGUAUAUCCCCUAGCGUGCGCGCUCCGAUCCCCCCCCCACCAAGCAUAAACGAAACGACGGUUAAUAACAAGGCCAAUAAUUGGUCUCAAUUCACCACACAACAACGCCCUCCAGAACCACCCCCAAGUGCACAUGACUCGUCUACUUGCUAUCCAUAUAUGUACCGCUACGAAACGAAGGACGUCAUUGACAUCCUGGAUAAGCUAUCAGUAGAAUACAAAAGCGCCCAAGAACAAGUGAAUAUGCUCAAUAUUUUUAACAAUUUUAUGCACGAUUCUUGCAUGAAUGAGAAAAGAGAAAAAAACGAUCAAGUGAAAACGCAAGGAAUGUUUAAAUUAAUGAACAACCCAUACCAGAAAUAUUUUUACCACAUUCUAAACGUAUAUAAUAACAAUAGUUUUAAAAAAUUUAAGGACAAGUAUCAAAUUAGAAGAAACAAGAGCGGUGGUGAUGUGAGUAGUGCUCGGGGAAGUUCCGACGAUGACGAUGAUGCCACGGGCUCAGUCUUGGAUGAGGAACAGGAGGAAGACGAAUUCCUGGAUGAUUUCAUACAUAAAAAUUUUGACGUAGGCAAAGACCUCGACGAUGAUGAUUUUAUUUUUAACCAAACGACACCCAAAAAAAAAAGGAAGAAAAGUGAACAAGAUAAUUUUGGCAAAGACAAAAAUUUAAACAAUAUUUCCAAAAGGAAAAAGAAGCAAGAAUCUGACGCUCUCACGGAUGACGUCAUGGAGUUUUCAGAUUUCGCCAAGCUGAAAACGAAGAAAAAGAAGAAGGGCGAAUAA